AUGAAGAUAAUUAGUUAUAUUCUGUACCUGACGUCAAUAAAAAUAUGUACGGUGUUUGGAACAUUGCGGGACUUUGCAAUGUGUCACGACGAUUUCAAUCUGAAGCCAUCAGAUGGAAUUUUGAAAGAACAUACCUUUACGUGGCUUGGUUUUGUGCAGUAUCUCCAUGUAACAACGAGCUUGCCACACCACAGUAAGGCUCCACGGGUGGUUCUCAUACACAAGCAGUUCGCUGCAGCCACUGCUACGGAUAUGCUGCGUUUGCCCAAAAAUUACAAACUGGGUAAUGUAAUCUUUGGUGAUUACGAACGUGACGAGGUAGACUGUGGCCUCACUAGCUCACAGACCAAACUAGGAAUAAAAUGCCAGCGAGCCUACAUAGAGAUACCAGUUAUUAAUAUUAGCCCACAUCCUGAAUAUACUCGAUUUGGUGUCGGAAAUAGUUUGGCCAUAGUGAAAUUACUUCGUCCAGUGAAAUCACAUUACAUGGUACCAAUUUGCUUGCCAUCGCUAAGUGAACGUGAAAAGAAACGAAGAAAUAAAGUUGUUUUUAUGGUGGAUUAUAUCAACUCUGCACCUCGUGACUUUGAUUUGGAAAAGAUGGCAAAGAAAUCAUUGAAAUUGUUCACUCACAAAGAUUGUAGGAGGCAUCGAUUGAGAUAUAAAUUAGGAAGUGAAGGCGUGACCCACGUCCUCUGCAGUUCCGGCUGCGGAGUGCGACCUGGGGCUCCUCUAGUCAGUCAUGCUGCCGAUGGACCCUUUCAUCUUAUCGGCAUAGCGGCCGGUGGAGCGCCCUGCACUCGCCGAGCCAUGCGCAAGAGGCUUAACAAGGAACCCCCGUUGUACAUCGACGUGUAUCCCUAUGUGACCUGGAUAGUCAAUUUCAUCACUGGUAAUAUCCUGCCGCGACCGUAUCCUGACAACUUCAUGUUGAUGGAAGGAGGCUCUAGUAUUGGCUUACGCAAAGACUUUCUCAGAACAAGGAGGGAACAAAAGACCGGAUGGCGAGCUCGGACAUUUGUGUCUGGUGAUUAUUGUUUCAAGAGUUACAAGAGAAUGAGCCGCACGGCAUUUUUCUAUUCAGAGAAUUUUGAGGUUAACGCAAACCCUCCCGCUAAAAUGAAUGUUGACAUUAAGAUAUCAGCCGGCAUUGAAACUACAAUUGUUUGUGCUAAACUACUUAUGCCGAAUCGAUUCGUUGAGCCAAAAAUAGAUGGAGUCGGAGGCUACAAUAUCAGCGUUAAAUUCAGUAGCCUCUGGUUUCCGUACAGCUUUUACUUUUCGCUAGGCUUACACGGGAUCAAUACAACUCAAAAAGAUAUGGUGAAAUGGAUAUCGGAGCGUAAACCAGGUUUUUGGUAAUUUAUGCUCUAUAUUAAAGAAAAAAACGUAUAAUAUUUAUGAAGUCAAUAGAUAAAAAUCUUUGUAAGUAAUUGUUAAUAAAAAUAGUAUUAAUAAAUUGAAGUUUCCUUGAACAUAUCUACUGUUACUUACAAGAUUGAAAGAUUGAUCGUAUGAAUUAAAAUAAAUGUAUUCGUACGGUUUACGUGUAAAUAGUCACUUUCUACAAGAUUAUUCAUCACUCAUCAAGUAAGUAAGGUCCAAAUUUAAAAGUACUCAAUUCGGAACGCCUUGAUACUUAUUAAAUUUAGCCAAUUCACGUUUUGCUCAACGAAUAGAACCAGGCAACAGACAUUUUCAAAGACCUACGAUUUUGUUUUAAUAUACGGUAGAAAUAUAGAUAUGCUUAAAAAAGGACUUGUAUAGUAGUCCUUCCCUGUCGCAGGUGAUCAUAUUUUUCGCAUCAUUGGUUGCUUCUUCACCUUGCUAUGGCGCCAAUUUUAUGUGUAGCUUAUGUAAAAUAUAUAAAACAGUACCCGGAAAAAAAAAAUGAAAUUUCACUACAGUAAAAAGUAAUCUUUAUUUGAGUGGUUCAAUUACCAUAAUUGACAUGUCAGUAUUUUGUUUAUCAUGUUCGAUGAUGCCUUAAUUACUAGAUAUCUAAUUGCUAAAUUAUUAAAUAAGUUAAAUUAUGCAGCAUCCACCGAUAUUGUGUCUUCAUCGUUUAAGCCUUUAUCAGUGUUGUCAGACGGUGGGAAGCUGGG